UCUUUUCAGAAAAGGUUACAACUAAUCAAAUUUUCGCUCGUUUACAACAUGAACUGAUAAUAGAGUAGUAUCUGCAAAAAAGAAGAUAAGAAGACACAACUCUCUCUCUCAUUAUCUCUCUCACACACGCAUUCAUUCACAUUCUCUGCUUAUUCGUUGCCCUAACUAGCCUGUAUCUGUAUCAGUAGUGUAAAAAUCAGUAUGUAUAUGUAGAGAGGAUUUUAGAGAGAGAAACAAUGGCGGCUUCACCAUUUCCAGCAACAAACUCACUCUCGCAUUCAAAUUCCGUCCCAAGCUUCGUCGAUUUCAAUUUCAGAAGCAGACACUCGAAUCUGUUCCUGAUCAGAACGCUUCAUCCGAGAAGAAGCGUAUCUGUUAAGAACGUCGCUAGCAAUCAGAAGCAGAAGCUGAAAGAUCCAACCACUGAAGAAGGAGUUGCAAGCACUCUGGGUUCCUUUGUUCCAGAUUCGGCUUCAGUUGCAUCGAGUAUAAAGUUCCAUGCAGAGUUCACACCAUCAUUCUCUCCAGAGCCAUUUGAGCUUCCCAAGGCAUUCUAUGCAACUGCAGAAAGUGUUCGUGAUAUGCUUAUUAUAAAUUGGAAUGCGACAUAUGAUUACUAUGAAAAGAUGAAUGUUAAGCAGGCAUACUAUUUGUCUAUGGAAUUUCUUCAGGGUAGAGCCUUGUUAAAUGCAAUUGGUAAUCUAGAACUCUCAGGGGCUUAUGCAGAAGCUUUAAGGAAGCUUGGUCACAAUCUAGAGGAUGUAGCUAGGCAGGAACCAGAUGCUGCACUUGGAAAUGGGGGAUUAGGGCGGCUUGCCUCUUGCUUUUUGGAUUCUUUGGCAACAUUGAAUUACCCUGCAUGGGGUUAUGGCCUUAGAUACAAAUAUGGCCUGUUCAAACAGCACAUUACAAAAGAUGGUCAGGAGGAAGUUGCAGAAAAUUGGCUUGAGAUGGGCAAUCCCUGGGAAAUUGUGAGAAAUGAUGUCUCCUAUCCUGUAAAAUUCUAUGGCGAAAUCGUUCAAGGCCCAGACGGAAAGAAAGAAUGGAUUGGAGGAGAAGACAUAAUGGCCGUUGCAUAUGAUGUCCCCAUACCAGGAUAUAAAACUAAAACGACUAUUAACCUUCGACUAUGGUCCACAAAAGUUGCACCAGAAGGAUUUGAUUUACACGCUUUUAAUGCUGGGGAGCAUGCUGAAGCAUACGAGUCACUGAAAAAGGCUGAAAAGAUUUGCUAUAUUUUAUACCCUGGCGAUGAAUCAAUUGAGGGAAAGACUCUUAGAUUGAAACAGCAAUAUACCUUAUGCUCUGCAUCUCUCCAAGAUAUUAUUGCACGGUUUGAGAGGAGAUCAGGGGAAUUGGUGAACUGGGAUAAAUUUCCGGAAAAGGUGGCGGUACAGAUGAAUGAUACUCAUCCAACACUCUGCAUACCAGAGCUGAUAAGAAUAUUGAUGGAUGUGAAAGGUUUGAGCUGGACGGAAGCAUGGAAGAUUACUCAAAGAACUGUGGCCUAUACUAACCACACUGUUCUACCUGAGGCAUUGGAGAAAUGGAGUUUGAAGCUUCUACAGGAGUUGCUUCCUCGGCAUGUUGAGAUCAUAAAAAUGAUUGACGAGGAGCUAAUUCAUACCAUAAUCUCUGAGUAUGGUACCGACGACCUUGACUUGUUGCAACAAAAACUGAAACAAAUGAGAAUUCUGGAUAAUGUUGAGUUACCUGCCUCUGCCGCAGAAUUGCUUGUUAAGUCAGAGGAAAACCCUGUUGUUGAUUCUGUUGAAGAAGAUGAAAGUUCUGAUGAAGCACUGGAACCUACUGAUGAAGAAGAUCAAUCUGAAGGGCAGGAAUCCAAGGGCGGUGAGAAUAAAAUGAAGGUGACUUUUGAAUCAGAUCCAAAACUGCCAAAGAUGGUCCGAAUGGCUAAUCUUUGUGUUGUUGGUGGGCAUGCAAUAAAUGGUGUUGCUGAAAUUCACAGUGAAAUAGUUCAAAGGGAAGUUUUUAAUGAAUUUUAUAAGUUGUGGCCUGAGAAAUUUCAAAAUAAAACGAAUGGGGUGACACCAAGAAGAUGGAUUCGCUUUUGCAAUCCAAAUCUAAGUACAAUUAUAUCCAAGUGGAUUGGACCAGAAGACUGGGUGAUAAACACUGAGAAAUUGGUAGAACUUCGAAAGUUUGCUGAUAAUGAGGAACUCCAAUCUGAAUGGAGGGAAGCAAAAAAGAGAAACAAGAUCAAGGUGGCGUCCUUCCUUAAAGAAAAAACUGGGUAUAUCGUCAGCCCCGAAGCAAUGUUUGAUGUACAGGUGAAGCGAAUCCAUGAAUACAAGCGACAAUUAUUAAAUAUCAUGGGUAUUGUUUAUCGCUAUAAAAAGAUGAAAGAAAUGAUUCCCGAGGAGAGAGAAGCAAACUUUGUUCCUCGAGUUUGUGUAUUUGGCGGAAAAGCAUUUGCUACAUAUGUCCAAGCCAAGAGGAUUGUGAAAUUCAUCACUGAUGUGGGGACUACUGUAAACCAUGAUCCUGAGAUAGGUGAUCUUUUGAAGGUUGUCUUUGUCCCAGAUUACAAUGUCAGUGUUGCAGAAAUACUUAUUCCAGGCAGUGAGCUCUCCCAACAUAUCAGCACUGCUGGAAUGGAAGCCAGUGGCACCAGCAAUAUGAAGUUUGCAAUGAACGGCUGCAUCCUAAUUGGAACCUUAGAUGGGGCCAAUGUUGAAAUAAGGCAAGAGGUUGGAGAAAACAACUUCUUUCUUUUUGGUGCUCAUGCUCAUGAAAUUGCCGGUUUACGGAAAGAAAGAGCCAAGGGAAAGUUUGUACCCGACCCUCGAUUUGAAGAAGUCAAGGAAUAUGUCAGAAGUGGUAUUUUUGGUCCCUACAACUACGACGAGCUGAUGGGAUCCUUGGAAGGGAAUGAAGGUUAUGGCCGUGCUGAUUAUUUUCUCGUUGGCAAGGACUUCCCCAGUUACAUAGAGUGCCAACAAAAGGUUGAUGAGGCAUAUAGAGACCAGAAAAAAUGGACAAAAAUGUCAAUCUUGAACACAGCUGGUUCAUACAAGUUCAGCAGUGAUCGAACAAUUCAUCAGUAUUCGAGAGACAUAUGGAUGAUUGAACCUGUUGUAUUAUCAUAGGACAUACUAAGGGAAACCCAAGUUUUACCCAGGUACCCCUUUUGUAUCAUGCUCCAUUUUUAGUCUUCUAGUACAAUAGAUGAUAAAAGCUAGAUGUGUAUGGGGGUGUACCUAAAGAUAGGAGAUGAAUUAGAGAUCUCUGAAAUAAUGUCACUUUUUUAUAAAUUUUUUCAAUAAAUAUCUGUUAGAUAUUUUACACAUAA